GGAGGGAGUAAUUAUUAUGUAAGACAUCAAGAUCCAUUGACCGAAAUAAUUUUUUGUGUCAUCAAAUAAUUGAAACAAUUAACCCACUUUUCCAAUCCGUUCCCAAAGUCAAAUAUAUACAUCGCCGGAGCAUCAUCGGAGAAAUUCGCAUCUGAACAUCCAUUUGAUACGAAUAUAUCACAUAAAACGACAGCAUCGAUGUUUCCUCCACGUCAGAUCGUCUUUCCUCUCCUAAUCAUCUUUCUCACAACUUUACCGCCGUUAAUCACCACUGCCGCCGCCGUUGAUGGCCGUGACACUUCCCUCACCGCUUACGAUUUACUCCAAAGCUACGACUUCCCUAUCGGAAUUCUUCCCAAGGGUGCUAUUGGGUACGAUCUCGAUAAGAGCACCGGAAAAUUCAGUGUCCACCUUAAUGGGUCUUGCAGUUUCGCAUUAGAAGGUUCUUAUCAGCUUAGGUAUAAAUCGAGGUUCGGUGGGUACAUAGCUAAAGAUAGACUCACAAACCUAUAUGGGGUUAGCGUAAAAAUUCUCUUUUUGUGGCUAAAUAUUGUGGAGGUUGUUAAGAAUGGUGACAAUCUUGAGUUUUCUGUUGGGAUUGCUUCGGCUAGCUUUCCCACUUACAACUUCUUGGUUUGUCCACAAUGUGGAUGUGGAUUGAAUUGCAAUAGCAAUGGACACAUUCUAAAGAUUCGAAACAGUCAUCGUGUCUCUUCGGUUUAGCUGCACACGGAAGGAUGUUAAAGUUUGCUAAGAGAGAUACUUGCAACUCAUGGAAAAUAUCAGGUGACAUUGUUGCAGUGUACAGAAAACUUGAAGUGAUCAUUCUCCUGCUUCCUCCUCAUCUCAGUUACAAUGCAAAACUGAAAGUCGAAAAUUCUAGUGUUCACUUGCAUUGUGUUUAUGUUUUCUACUACUGCGUCUUGACUCUGACAUGAAUACACAAUGUUCUUGAUAUUGCUGUUUAGAAUGAGAUUCUUUUCCACGUUCUUGAAUA